AUGUCAACUCAUAUAUCAAACCCAUCAAAAACAUCAAAAGAAUCAUCCAGAAAGGUCAAGGUUGAAAAAAAACGAAUAGAUGAAACACGAUAUACUUUAAAAAAACGCGAAGUCAGAAACCUUGAAAGUUAUCAACAAGCUUUACUUUUAGCAUUAGUUAACAAAUUUUGUGGAUUUACUCUAGAACAUCCUGGAAAGCGGUCUAAAGUGACUGCUUCAAUGCCACGACUUUAUUCACUUCAAUUCCCCACUGAAACAAUUGAAAUCAAACAAUUAGCACAGAAAUAUUGUGAAGAAGUGUCAAAUAAAGAAGAGAAAAAUGGAAUUAGUAAAUCGACUUCAUUACGACGAUUUGAGAAAAACAAAAGGGUGUAUGUUGAAAAUUUGUUAUUUGACAUAUGUCUUGAACUCGGUUUUUGGUUUGAUUCAAAACCAUCACGAAAAUCCCAAAAGUCUUUACAAAUUGAGCGUAUUUGCUCUAUAUAUUAUAAGGGAAUCUUACUCUUUAGUCAAGAAAAAGUGUUAAAAAUUGGCAAAGAAAUCAACACAUAUAUAAUGUCGAAAUUGGUUAACGAGAAAAAGUCCAAUUUUAAAAUAUGUGAUAAUGAAUUGAUUAAAUUUUUGGAUGAUUCUGCUAAAAAAUAUUCAACAAGAUACACUUCGGCGAUUAUUCACAUGUGUUGA